AAAACCAACACUGUGGAUUUCAUUGUUUGGACGUCGCUGCCGAACAAGAGGCUGAAUUUUGUUGUUCCAACACCACUAAGGUUUUCUGUCUGUGCACACGACUGCUUUUGGAAACAGUUUCCUUUGAGUUGAGCAUGUCAUCCGAAACUUGUCUCAAAAUCCAGCGACCCUUUGUGCUUGCUGUUUUAAUUCUGGGCUGCUUUGUGACUCUGUUUUUGAUGUAUUUUAAAUCAUCCAUCAACUGGUUUUCAAUUCCUAUAGAGUCAACAGGACCCACAGGUCAGGUGGAAAAUGUUUUCUCCAAUAAGACGAAUAAAACCCCGACCACCGUGCUGAUCUGGUUCUGGCCUUUUGGAGACAUCUUUGACUUGACCGCCUGUAGCUCUCAACAUAACAUUGAUGGUUGUUUCCUCACAGCAGACAGGAAAUUCUACAACAAGUCAGACGGGGUUGUGAUCCAUCACAGAGAAAUUCACGGGGAUUUGUCCAACCUGCCAAAGCUCCAGCGACCACCCCUUCAGAAGUGGAUAUGGUGGAACUUGGAAUCCCCAACACACACCUCAAAGCUGCUUGGGAUUGAGAAACUGUUCAAUUUGACCCUAAAUUACCAUCAGGAUGCUGACAUUCCAAUACCUUAUGGAUUCAUCGUCCCAGUGGAGGGUGAGGAGAACUUCACCCUGCCCAAGAAAGACAAGCUGGUCUGUUGGAUUGUGAGCAACUGGAACCCAAACCAUCGUCGUGUGAAAUACUUCAAUGAGCUGAAAAAACAUGUUCAGAUUCAUGCUUACGGUGGAGCUUUUGGAAAGAGAAUCUCCGGUGAUGAUUUUCUCCUCACCAUGCCCAGCUGUAAGUUCUACCUGUCAUUUGAAAGCUCCAUCCACAGGGACUACAUCACUGAAAAACUGUACAACCCGCUCACUGUGGGGACAGUACCUGUGGUUCUUGGCUCACCCAGGCAGAACUAUGAAAACUUCAUCCAGGGAGACGCCUUCAUCCACGUUGAUGACUUCAAAUCACCUAAAGAGUUGGCUGACUACCUGCUGCUCCUGGACAAGAACCAAGAAAUGUACCUCAGGUACUUUGAGUGGCGCCGGUUGUUUAAAGUUAAACGCCAAAACAACUGGGCAGGGCAAGUAUGUCUGGCUUGUGAUUACUUGAGUAGAAACAAGUAGUAUAAAGUAUUCAAUCA